GAAAUACACAGACUCUAUUUUAUCUUGCUCCGUUAGACCAAAAUGUUAUUAGCUACUACCAUUUCAUUUUCAGUUCUAGUUAUUUUUGGCUGAAUUUUAAUUUCCCGGUCAUUUUUCUUCUACUUUGCCUCCAUUUUUUCUCAGCUCGAUCUUUCUCUGUGAACAAACCUAAUCUGGUGCGAGUACCUUAGCGAGGUUUCGCUAUGUUUAUCAAGCAGGUUAUAAUCGAAGGAUUUAAGAGUUACAAAGAGCAAGUUGCUACUGAGGAGUUUAGCAACAAAGUUAAUUGUGUUGUUGGGGCAAAUGGGUCUGGGAAAAGCAAUUUCUUCCAUGCGAUUCGUUUUGUAUUGAGUGACAUCUACCAAAAUCUGCGCAGUGAAGAUAGGCAUGCAUUACUCCAUGAAGGUGCUGGUCAUCAAGUCGUGUCCGCGUUCGUGGAGAUUGUGUUUGAUAAUUCUGACAACCGGUUCCCGGUUGAUAAGGAAGAAAUACGCUUGCGCAGAACAGUUGGCCUGAAGAAGGAUGAUUAUUUCUUGGAUGGGAAACACAUUACAAAAGGUGAAGUUAUGAAUUUAUUGGAGAGUGCUGGAUUUUCUCGUGCUAAUCCUUACUAUGUUGUUCAACAAGGAAAGAUAGCCUCGUUAACACUAAUGAAAGACAUAGAACGGUUGGAUCUGCUAAAAGAGAUAGGUGGUACUCGUGUUUAUGAGGAGAGGCGUCGUGAGAGUUUAAGAAUUAUGCAGGAAACAGGAAAUAAACGGAAGCAGAUCAUCGAAGUUGUCCACUACUUGGAUGAAAGACUAAGAGAAUUGGACGAAGAGAAAGAAGAACUCAGAAAAUAUCAACAACUUGACAAACAGAGAAAAUCACUGGAAUACACCAUUUACGACAAAGAGCUUCACGAUGCUCGGGAGAAACUGGAACAGGUAGAAGUUGCACGAACUAAGGCAUCUGAAGAGUCCACAAAAAUGUAUGAUAGAGUGGAGAAGGCCCAGGACGACUCCAAGUCUUUAGAUGAAUCCCUGAAAGAACUGACAAAGGAGCUUCAGACGUUAUACAAGGAGAAAGAAACUGUUGAAGCUCAACAAACUAAAGCGUUAAAGAAAAAGACAAAGCUGGAGCUUGAUGUGAAAGACUUUCAGGAUCGAAUUACUGGAAAUAUUCAGUCUAAGAAUGAUGCACUUGAGCAACUUAAUACAGUGGAAAGAGAAAUGCAGGAUUCUUUGAGGGAACUGGAGGCGAUUAAGCCUUUGUAUGAAAGUCAAGUUGACAAGGAAAACCAGACAUCAAAAAGAAUCAAUGAGCUGGAAAAAACACUUAGCAUUCUUUAUCAGAAACAGGGACGUGCAACUCAAUUUUCAAAUAAGGCUGCCCGAGAUAAAUGGCUCAGGAAAGAGAUUGAAGAUCUUAAGCGUGUUCUAGACUCAAAUACUGUUCAAGAGCAAAAACUUCAGGAUGAAAUUCUUCGCCUCAAUACUGACUUGACAGAGCGUGAUGAGCACAUCAAGAAACAUGAAGUUGAAAUUGGUGAACUGGAAUCUCGUAUUUCCAAGUCCCAUGAACUAUUCAAUACUAAAAAGAGGGAGAGAGAUGAAGAACAAAGAAAAAGAAAGGAAAAAUGGGGAGAAGAAAGUCAACUUUCUUCUGAGAUUGACAAGUUGAAAACAGAACUUGAACGGGCAAAGAAAAACCUUGAUCAUGCAACUCCAGGAGAUGUAAGGAGAGGGCUGAACUCUAUUCGACGGAUUUGUGCAGACUAUAGAAUCAAUGGAGUUUUUGGUCCACUUGUUGAGUUGGUUGAUUGCGAUGAAAAGUUUUUCACUGCAGUUGAAGUCACUGCUGGAAACAGCCUGUUUAACGUGGUAGUUGAGAAUGAUGAUAUUUCAACCAAGAUAAUUAGACACCUGAAUUCUCUCAAGGGUGGACGUGUGACCUUCCUACCUCUGAAUCGGAUAAAGGCGCCUCGCGUCAACUAUCCAAAAGAUUCUGAUGCAAUACCUCUGCUCAAAAAGUUAAAGUUCGAUUCAAAGUUUGAACCAGCAUUGGGUCAGGUUUUUGGUAGAACAGUAGUAUGCCGUGAUCUGAAUGUGGCAACAAGAGUUGCUAAGAAUGAUGACCUCGAUUGUAUAACUAUGGAAGGUGACCAGGUGAGCAGAAAGGGUGGUAUGACCGGUGGAUUCUAUGACCACAGGCGGUCAAAAUUGAGAUUCAUGAAUAUAAUAAUGCAAAAUACAAAGUCUAUAAAUGAGAAGGAGAAGGAACUGGAGGAUGUUAGAAGGCAGCUGCAAGUGAUAGAUCAGCAGAUUACACAGCUUGUUACUGAGCAGCAGAGACUUGAAGCAGACUGGACGCUCUGCAAAUUACAGGUGGAGCAACUUAAGCAAGAGAUAGCUAACGCUAAUAAGCAGAAACAUGCUAUACAUAAAGCCAUUGAAUAUAAGGAGAAAUUACUAGGUGAUAUUAGAACACGAAUUGACCAGGUUAGAUCCAGCAUGUCUAUGAAAGAAGCUGAAAUGGGAACGGAACUUGUGGAUCACCUAACUCCAGAAGAAAGGGAGCAAUUGUCGAAAUUAAACCCAGAAAUCAAGGAUCUUAAGGAAAAAAAAUUUGCAUACCAGGCCGAUCGCAUUGAGAGGGAGACAAGAAAAGCAGAGUUGGAGGCUAAUAUUGCUACCAACUUAAAGAGGAGAAUAACUGAGUUACAGGCUACUAUAGCUUCCAUCGACGAUGAUAGUUUGCCUAGUUCAGCUGGCACAAAAGAACAGGAACUUGAUGAUGCAAAAUUGUCGGUCAAUGAGGCUGCAAAAGAGCUCAAAAGUGUCUGUGACAGCAUUGAUGAGAAGACAAAGCAAAUCAAGAAAAUUAAAGAUGAGAAAGCAAAGUUAAAGACAUUGGAAGAUGAUUGUAAAGGGACACUACAAGAUUUAGAUAAAAAGUUGGAGGAACUGUUUAGCCUUCGCAACACGCUCCUUGCUAAGCAAGAUGAGUAUACUAAGAAGAUUAGGGGAUUGGGUCCAUUGUCAUCUGACGCUUUUGACACGUAUAAACGAAAAAAUAUCAAGGAGCUGCAGAAGAUGCUACACCGGUGCAGUGAACAGCUGCAACAAUUCAGCCAUGUCAACAAGAAAGCGCUGGAUCAAUAUGUGAAUUUCACAGAACAGCGAGAAGAACUUCAAAAUCGGCAAGCAGAGCUUGAUGCAGGAGAUGAGAAAAUUAAAGAGCUGAUAACAGUUCUGGAUCAGCGGAAAGACGAAUCUAUAGAACGUACUUUCAAAGGGGUUGCACAUCACUUCAGGGAUGUAUUCUCUGAGCUUGUGCAAGAUGGAUAUGGUAACCUUAUCAUUAUGAAGAAAAAGGCAUGUUUCUGCAUCCUUUUCCUCAAUGAAACUUUUUCCUCUUUUAACAUUUGUUUACUUUAAGUCAUCGUGAGUUUUUUCAUUAUCAAAUGGUUAACUAAAUUUGAGAGUACUAUUGAAUGAGAUCAAUUGUGUUCUAAUAAACCACGAGUAGAUGUUUUCUAGUGAGCCUUGAGUGUAGAAGUAUAUCCUUGGUAUAACUAUUUGUUGGUCAUCUUACUUGGUAUUUCACUGUUGUCUGAUGCGUUUCGUUUUCUCUUUGACUUUCGCAUAAACCUUUCCUUUGACUCCACCAAGGAUUACUUAAGACCACCAAUAUCUGCACUGUUGUCUUUCUGGAUGAUUCUUGCCUCUGUGUAAAACUUGUGUGAUCUCUUUACUAAUCAGUUGGGUGGACAUAAAACAUUUUGGUUUCACAUAUUCAGGAUCUUGAUAAUGAUGAUGAAGAUGAUGAUGAUGAUGAUGGAGGUCGUGAAGCUGUUACAGAGGGAAGGGUUGAGAAAUACAUUGGUGUAAAAGUGAAGGUCUCGUUCACUGGUCAAGGGGAAACACAAUUAAUGAAACAAUUGUCUGGAGGCCAAAAGACUGUUGUUGCACUCGCGUUAAUCUUUGCAAUCCAGCGAUGUGAUCCUGCACCAUUCUAUCUUUUUGAUGAGAUUGAUGCAGCACUUGAUCCACAGUACCGAACCGCUGUGGGAAACUUGAUUCGUCGUCUUGCUGAUGAUUAUGGCACGCAGUUCAUCACCACAACUUUCCGUCCCGAGCUUGUGAGAGUCGCGGAUAAGAUAUAUGGAGUAUUUCAUAAGAACAGAGUGAGUAUUGUGAAUGUUAUCUCAAAGGAUCAGGCGUUGGACUUCAUUGAGAAAGAUCAGUCCCACGAUACCUGAUCAGUCAAGUGGUUUGGGUAAACUCUUCUCAGUACUCUCUUUCGAGAGCUUGCUUAAAACUUUUUCAGGGUUUGAUUCUAGGAAUAUAUAUUAGUCUAAUGUGCAGUUCAGGUUGUAUAAUUUAUCUAAGUAUACUUUGAAAUAACGGUUUUAUUGUCUCAACUCAGCUAUAUUAAUCUAUGGUACAUUUCGAGACU